AAUAACACCACUUUUCCUUAAGUUUGCCAAAUGGCCAACCCCCAUCACGGAAACCAAGAACAUCCCUCAAAUGGUCUCAACAUUAUUAAUCCAUCCCAUGAUCAUGAAGUGGUGGUUGUCAUGGUGCCCUUGCCGGCUCAAGGCCAUAUCAACCAGCUCCUCCACCUCUCCCGCCUUAUCGCCGCCUACAACAUCCCCGUCUACUAUGUCGGUGCCGCGGCACACAACCGCCAGGCCACGCUUCGAGUCCAAGGCUGGAACCCCAAUUCCAUAAAAAACAUACACUUCCUUGACUUCCUCGUCCCUCCUUUCAACUCUCCUCCUCCAAACCCUAAUUCCCAGGACAAGUUCCCUUCCCAUCUCCUCCCUUCCUUCCGCGCUGCCCGCCAUCUCCGCCACCCAGUCACGGCGCUCCUGCGGCGACUCUCCGAAAAAGCGAGAAGGAUAAUCAUCAUCCAUGACUCUCUAAUGGCCUCCGUCGUCCAAGACGCCGCUUUGAUACCGAACACCGAGUCCUUCACCUUCCACAGCAUUUCGGCGUUCGCGAUCUUUUUGUUCUAUUGGGACGGAAUGAAAAAGGUACAGCUAGAAGUUGACGCCAAGAAUAUUAUUCCGAAAGACGUUCCAUCUCUUGAAGGGUGUUUGACUUCCGAGAUGAUGGAUUUUAUUGCUGCGCAAUAUGAGUUCAACAAGUAUAAUUCCGGGAAUCUCUACAAUACUAGUAGGGUUAUGGAAAGGCCUUACAUGGAUUUACUUGUAAGGAUUCUUCCAAACAAGAAGCACUGGGCACUCGGGCCUUUCAAUCCGGUGGAAUUAGUUGAGAAGAAAGUGUCAAACGACAAACACAUGUGCUUGGAGUGGCUCGACAAGCAGGCACCGAAUUCGGUGAUUUACGUGUCGUUUGGGACGACGACGACAUUCACAGAAGAACAAAUCCAAGAAUUGGCUUUAGGAUUGGAACAAAGUGGGCAAAAAUUCAUGUGGGUGCUAAGAUAUGCAGACAAAGGAGUCGUUUUUGACGACGAAGUAAUCAGGAAGGUUGAGCUUCCAAAAGGGUAUGAGGAGAGUGUGAGAAAUAAGGGAAUUGUUGUGAGAGACUGGGCGCCCCAAUUGGAAAUUUUGGGGCACCCCUCAACAGGUGGGUUCUUGAGUCACUGUGGAUGGAACUCUUGCAUUGAGAGCAUCACCAUGGGAGUGCCCAUUGGGGCGUGGCCAAUGCACUCCGACCAGCCGAGAAACACCGUUUUGGUGACGGAGUUGCUCGGAGUUGGCACCGUCGUGAGGGACUGGAACCGCCGCAAUGAGGUGGCGACGGCGGCUGCGGUUGUGGAGGGUGUGAGGAAGUUGAUGGAAUCGAAGGAAGGAGAGCAUAUGAGGAAGAGGGCGGCGGAAUUGGGUUCCGCCGUGCGGCAGUCGGCUGCGGCAGAAGAUGGGGCUUCCCGGAAGGAGUUGGAUGCUUUCAUUGCUCAUAUUUCUAGAUAAUUAAUAUAGAUUGCUAAGUUAUAUAUGAUUUUUAAUUAAUAAUGAAAGCUAGAUUUAGUAUUACCUAAAAAAUGUACUAAAUCUGAAAU